UGCACUUUUCGUUUUGUCACGUCACACACGACUCCGCAUAGAAAAACUCUUCUCCCCACGCUCCUCCCAUUGCUUUCACAGAAACAGGCACCAAGCAAAAUUCUUCGUUUCGAAUCCGAGUUCACCGCUUCCUUUCUCUCUCCAAAAUUUUCAAAUCAACAAGCCGCCGUUACUGGGAGCUUGAUAGGAGCUGAAGUUCUCUGGCUGGAAAGUUCUGAAUUACAAGGACGUUAACUUAGUCCCUGAUUGACUGAAAAUAGAGUUAUGUUGCCUACCAAGCUCAAAAUCAAUUUUCAGGAUGUGCUAGAUUAGCAAAUGAUUAUCACUAAAAGUUGGAGACGACAUGCUAUUUAUGAGUCUGCCUGCAGUGAUAACUUACCUAUAUGAGAGGGAUACUAAUGGAAGAUAGUAGCUUGAAAAAGGAGUUCUCAAAUGAAGAUAUGCUUGAAUGUUAUGUUUUGCUGACUAAGGAUAAGAAAAUUAUAAGUCGGACAGUAUGCCGCAGGCCCCAUAACCUUCCCAAUGAAAUACCUUUAAUUUGGGACAUAUCCUCUUUUGUUCGGCGAGAUAAAACGAAUUCUCUCUCUGGAUUACCUUGUCUUCUCCUAUGCCCCGGUUAUGAAAAUGCGCAUCAGGAAAGAGAGUGGGGUCUCUUCUUGAAUUUUCUGCGGAAGUACAACAAGGUUGCUAUCUCAAAGCUUGGAUUCUACGAAAUCUAUAUACUUCCUCCAGAUAAAAACUCAGAAUUUGACACCGGAGCUGUUAUAUGCAAGAUGGAGAAAGUGCCUAAUGAGUAUUCUAGUCAAAGGCAUGUUGGAUGGGAAAUCAAUGCUGCUGAAAUUGCAUCACUGCGUAGAUGUAUGGAUUACAAUGAUGAGGCAUGCAGGCCUAUGCAUCCAAGCAUUCAAUCAAAGAAAAAUAGCGUGCAAGUUAUGCAUGCACGUCCUAUUGGUGAAGAUCACUCUCCGGAUAUGAUGGUGAAAGAUAGCAGCAGACCAGGAAAUUCUGUUGGAUGUGGUAGGUCCUCUGGCAGAAAUUAUGCAAUAGCACAUCCUAGUUAUUUGAAAACUCUUGGUCAAGCUCAUUCCGGCUGGAUAUUUGGUGCAAUUGCUGAGCUUGUUGACAAUUCAAGAGAUGCCAAAGCAACCAAACUGGAAAUCAGCAUUGAUAUGCUAUAUUCAAAAACUGCUGGUAAAGAUAUUCCUAUGUUGUCAAUAAUAGAUGAUGGCCAUGGGAUGAGCCAUCAAGAAAUUGUGAGAAUGAUAUCAUUUGGGCACGUGCAGCCUGAAGCUGAUGAUCCUGACCAUAUAGGAAGAUUUGGGAUUGGAUUUAAGACAGGAGCUAUGCGGCUUGGAAAAGAUGCUUUGGUUCUUACCCAAACUGCAAACUCCAGAUCAAUUGCAUUUCUUUCCCAGUCACUAAAUGAAGGAAAAGACAAUUUGGAGAUCCCUGUUGUAAGCUACCGCAGAAUUGGGCAGUUUAUGGAAGUAGAUACAAGUGUCCAGAAUGAGUCUUCUGCAAAAUACAAUUUGAAAGUCAUCAAGGAAUUUUCUCCAUUUGAUAAGUACCUUAUUGGUGAAAAAGCAGGCCUGUUCAGUGGAAAUAGCACAGGUACACAAAUAUUUAUAUGGAAUUUAGAUGUAUGGGGAUCAAAUUAUAGCUUGCAAUGGGAAGCGGGGAUGAGUGGAGGGAGUUCCUUCCAUCAAGGUGACAUACUCAUUCGUUCCAGGAGGAUAAGAUCUCGUCCAGGCCAAAUAUCUCAGAAGGUGCCUUUGGAUUAUUCUCUUAGAUCAUACUUGGAGGUCAUCUUCUUUGAUCCACGUAUGAAGAUCUAUGUACAAGGAGCCCGGGUAAAAUGUCGACCUCUGGCAAAAUCUCUAAACAACACCAUCAUUGAAAAUGGUAUUGUCAUGGGAAAACCAGUUCAACUUACGCUUGGCCGUUCUCAAUUAGAAUGGGAGCAAGCAAAUUGUGGAAUGUUUCUAUAUUGGCAUGGGCGUUUAAUUGAGGCUUACAAGAGAGUUGGAAGUAUGGUUCAUAAUGGAGAUAAUGGUCGUGGCAUCGUUGGCGUUGUUGAUGUUACUGAUUUAAUCGAUGAUGGUAAAGGCCAUGUCUGGGUGCAUAACAGUAAGCAAGGGUUCCAGGAUUGUGAAGCCUAUGCUGAAUUGGAGAAGUGGCUUGGUGAAAGAGCAGAUGAAUACCUGGACAAAUUUGUAGAUACGAUUCAACUGAGGGGGCGGCAGCGGGUCGCCGGCAUGCCACUGCGCUCACCGCUGCCGCAAAGUGCAGCGGCGGUGAACGCUGGUGAUUGCACCGGCAGCUGUUGCAGGAACGGCAGCAGCUGCAACUGCAGUAGCGCGAAGGUUGCGCUGCUGCAGCGACAACUUCGCGCUACUGCAGCGACAAUAAAUGCUGCUCUUGCAGCAGCUGCCGCGGCUUGA